AAUAAUUGGCAAAUAUCCUCCCCUUCGUAAAAGAAAGAAAAAUAACAAAAUUAAAAAAGAGAAAAACUCUCUCUCUCGUAUCUACGAAGAUCGAUUUCUAAGUUUUGUGAUUUGGUUUUUUGCUUCGGUUUUGAUUGGCUUUCGAUGAGGGUGGAUCUCUUCUUGAGAUUCUUUGUGGUUGAUUAUGUUUUGCUGGGUCAGGAUCUUGUGGAUCUAAGAGGGAGUUAUCGGAUUCUUGGGUUUCAAUUUUUGGGAUUUUAUUCUUUUCUUUUGGAUUCAUGGAGUGAGCAAUUGGGGUCUUUUUCAUUUUCUGUCUGGGUUCACUAUGGCGAUGAUCUCGGAUGCAUCGAUUUGAUUUCGUUUCCUUUUCUUUGGGGUGCGAGGGCGCUGAUUCAGGGACUCAGAGGACUUGACUCGAGGUUUCUCUCGGAUAUUUUAUUUUCAGAUUAUGGCUUAUCAUGGGCACUAAUUCAGGGUCGAGAUUAUAGAGAUCUCAGAUGCGACGCUCGCGGGAUAGUGAUUUUUUCCCUUGAGGCUCCGGAUUUAUGUGACUUGGUGUUUUGGUCUUCCGUGUUGGACUAUAAAUUCUCCUCACGAGUGGUUUGUUGCUUCAGGGUACGGCGGGGAGCUCUUCGGGGUCUGGGACUAAGCUGAAGAUCAAGGUUCCACGCUUUGAUAAUACGGCUUUAAUUGAGGGUUAUGCUAAAACCUUGAUUGGUAGAUGCAUGAAUCCAGCUGUGCAAGAUAUGAAAGCUUUGUUGUUUAUGCUUCCUCGGAUAUGGAAGAUGGAGGAGAGAGUGGUUGGGGCUGAUCUCGGUUUGGGGCGCUUUCAGUUUGAUUUUGACCAAGAGGAUGACAUUCAGGAGGUUUUGAAGAUGGAACCCUACCAUUUUGACCAUUGGAUGCUUUCUUUGGUCAGAUGGGAGCCGGUGGUGGAUUCGAGAUAUCCUUGUCUCAUCAAAUUUUGGGUCCGUGUGAUGGGUGUCCCUCUGCACUUCUGGGCAGAUGAAACCUUUCGUACCAUUGGAGCAGAUCUGGGUGAGGUUGAGGAGGUCGAUUUGGAUAAUGGCCGGGUGAAGGUCUUGCUGAAUGGUUUCAAGUCUCUGAUUUUUGAAGCUACUGUUGAGUUUCAUAGUGGCGAGGAGACAACAAUCUCUCUGAGAUAUGAGCGUCUGUAUGGGUUCUGUCGGCGAUGUAAUAGUUUCUGUCAUGAUACAAGCCGCUGUCCGUUGUUUGGUGACAAGGGGAAGCAGCGUCUUGACGAUAGUCUUCCUCCUCGACCAGAGGACAAGCUCCAGAGUUAUAAGGGUGCAAUGGUUAAUGGUGGGGCUAAUGGAACUGGUUCGGGGUUGAGUGGUGUUGGUUCAGGGGCGUCUCAUCAAAGUUCUGCUCAUGGGACUGGGCGUGGUGUAGGGCAUCAGGCAGGUCAUUAUCGGGCUAAUCAGAGUUCUGGCAGCAAGUGGAGGAAGACUAAAAAGAGUUCUCAUGUGGAUGAGAAGUUUGUGACGAAGGAUACAUCUGCGGUUCCUGUUCCUGUUCCCAUUUCCCAGGUUGCUGUCUUAGGGAAUGGUAUAGCUCAUUCUAGUUCUAGUGAUGUGGAAAUCAGUCUUUCUGCUAAUGAACAGAAGAUGCUUGAUGAUCUUAUGGGUCCUCAAGGGGAGGUGGCUGUGGUUACGGGUGGUCAACCUGCUGUGUCGGGUUCGGCUAUUGUGCAGGGGGCUGAAAAAAGGGUGUGCAAGGCUUUGUUUCCCAGUGUACCAGUCUCAGGUUCUAUGGAACUGUCACAGCAAGAGGUUCUUUUUUCUGAGGAUCUAGGGAACCUGUUGGGGCAGGAGUUUCAAACCACGGAUCAUACUUUGGGCUUUAUGGACACUAUUAUGGAGGAACAAGGUAUGGCAUCAAAGGGGUCUCCCCAAGAAGACAAUUAUCUAACGGAUGAGGGGGGUGCUGAUGAGGGUCAGGAUGGGGUGGUCCUCUCUGAUCACGUUUCGAGUGAGGAGGUUAGUGAUGUUGCUGUAGAUGCUUCUGUGGUUACGACACAGGGUGGAGCAGCUGGGGGAAUUGUGCCUACUUCACAGGCCAGAUUGGUGAAACAAAAGGGUGUUCUACCAGGUGCUAGUACCAAAAAACGGAAUAUGGUUUCUCUUACCUCUCCGCGCAAGAAGGUUGUCGCCAAAGGUGGUGGACCGAAUGGGAAAUUUGGUUCUCAUCAAGGAGGAAAGCCUCCAAAUCAUUCAGUUAAUUGAUGAGUGUAGUAAGUCAAGGGCAGCAAGGUGGUGAGCCAGUCUUGGUCUGGGUUUCUUUGUGUUUUUUGUUUUCUUCUCUUUUGUCUCCUUCGAAUAAGACACCAACGGUUGAUCUGUAUGGUUGUAUUUUCUUCACACUUUGGUUUUUAUUGGCUUUUUUGCUUUGUACUCUUUGGGCUUGUGCCCGAUGUCUAUCUACUUUACAAGUAAUAAUAAACCCUUGUUCGCCUUUC